AUAUAUACAUUAGUCAUAUGCAUAUUUCAACCCUCACAGCUGCCUUCCUAGCUCGAUCGUCUCUCUCUCUCUCUCUCUCUCUCUCUCUACGAAUUCAAAACGGUUCAUUUUCCCAAAGUAAGUAGGGAGCCAACCCUACAGUUACCCCCCAAACCCUUGAAGGCUUGAAUAGAAGAAAAUUAAGAAGCUAGCAAUUAGGAAGAAUAGGACAAUAAAGAAAAGGCAAUCGAUCGAGCGUCUUGGCUGGUACGUGCGUACUGUGAAAAAGUAAAGAAGCAUGACUGUACUGUCGUCAUCGCCUUGCAGUAAUGGAUCGUCUGCUGCGGGGAAGGGACGGGUCCUGAUCGCCGGAGCCACCGGUUUCAUCGGGCAGUUCGUGGCGGAGGCCAGUCUCAAUGCCGCACAACCCACCUUUCUCAUCCUCCGCCCACCCUCCGCCGUCGAUCGCCACACCUCCAAGUCCAACACGAUCAAAGCUCUCCAACACAAAGGCGCCAUCAUCAUCCAUGGAUCGAUAAAAGACCAAGAAUUCAUGGAGAAGGUGCUAAAAGAGAAUGAGAUAGAUACCGUGAUCGCAGCUGUGGGUGGUGAAAACAUACUGGACCAGCUUCCCCUUGUGCAUGCCAUUCGAGCUGUUGGUACCAUCAAGAGAUUUGUACCAUCGGAGUUUGGGCACGAUGUGGACAGAGCAGACCCAGUGGAGCCAGGGCUGACCAUGUACAAGGAGAAGCGCCGGGUCCGACGAUGCAUAGAGGAGUGUGGGGUGCCCUACACCUAUGUGUGCUGCAACUCCAUUGCUUCCUGGCCCUACUUCGACAACACCCACCCCUCCCACCUCCUCCCUCCCCUCGAUUGCUUCCAGAUUUAUGGUGAUGGCUGCAUCAAAGCAUACUUUGUUGCGGGGACUGAUAUUGGAAAAUUCACAAUGAAAGUGGUAGAUGACGUUCGAACACGGAAUAAAAUUGUUCAUUUUCGGCCAUCGUCCAACUUUCUUAACAUGAACGAGCUUGCGUCUUUAUGGGAAAAGAAAAUAAGGCGAACCCUCCCCAGAGUCACCAUCGAGGAAGAUGACUUGCUAGCUAUAGCUAAAGAGAAUCGGAUCCCGGAGAGCAUAGUGGCAUCAUUCACGCACGAAAUAUUCAUAAGAGGGUGCCAAAUUAAUUUUACAAUAGAUGGGGAGAGCGAGGUGGAGGUGACCUCUCUCUACCCUGAUGACCCCUUUCGCACAAUGGACGAGUGCUUUGAUGACUUCGCCUUUAAGAUCCCCGACUCUGCCGCUGCUGCCAACCCAGCUCCUCCUCUUUCUCCUCCGCCGCCCGCCGCAUUCAGGAACGCACCCCUCCAUGGCCAAGUCUGCUCCAACCUCAGAUGAACACUUUACAUUCCUAUUCAUGAUCAGAUGCCUAAGCUUCAACCAUAUUAUUUUACAUUUACCACAAAUAUUCUUCUCUAUAUUUUUUGCUUUUUAAAAAUGGGGUAGUCAACCAUUACCAUUAAUGGGUUCUGCAUGCGCUGCAGCUAUCUUCUUUAAUUGUUGAGUUAUUUUGAUUGGGAUGGGCUUUAAUUUGUGGAGUGCCUGGUGAAAAUAAGCAAAUUGUUGGGGAUUAAUUAAUAAAUACCCUAGAGCGAGAGAUCCCCAUUGUGAAAUGUUCUAUUGUAAGUGUUUAUUUGUCGGUGAUAGUGAAGCAUUAUAUUAUGGUGGCAAA